CGGAAGUUUUUCCUCUUUCCACGUUAAGUAAUCUGACACCCCAAAGCCUCCAGAGCAGAAGGAUGGACCCUUAACUCGCCUGGAAGGACGGAAGGAAGGAACACUCAUCCAACGAGCGCAAGCAAGAGGGACCGAGAAGAAGCGAAACGCUGAGCGCAUAAAAACAACCCCGUGGCUGCGGCAGCGGAGGAGAGCUGGGUCCCUGCGCGUCUCCAUAAUAACUGGCCGUCCGCCUCAAAUGGUGUCAAAGCGACAAGUUUCACUUUCCACAUGCGGAUGGGUGACUUUCCACGGUGCUUUGUGAGGAGGAGAUGAUGAAGAAUUUCAGCAGCAGUCCCCUUCAAAGCAACAAACAGACUCCCAACCACGUUAGAGAGCGAAACAACAGAAAGUACAGCCUACUCUCUGCUAUACCGUUGCGAUUUUCCUUGCGAGGUUAUGGUUUCUGCAUGGCUACGUUGUUCUUCUUCUGCUUCGGCUCCCUUUUUUACCAGCUGAACGGAGGACCCCCUAAAAUCCUGCUGGACAUUCGACAGUAUCUCGGUAAAUCGACAUAUUUGGAUGACCACGGACCCCCAUCUCCAAGAGUGCUACCCUUCCCCAGCCAGGUGGUUUAUAACCGUGUGGGGAAGUGCGGCAGCCGGACGGUGGUCAUCUUGCUGAGAUUACUGGCUGAGAAACACCAGUUCAACCUGGUCUCCUCUGACAUCCACAAUAAAACACGUCUCACGAAACAUGAACAGGUGGAUCUCAUGAAGAACAUCAGUAAUAUCCCUCAGCCUUUCCUCUACACACGGCAUGUUCACUUUCUCAACUUUACCAGGUUCAGAAUAGAGCAGCCGGUCUAUAUCAACAUAAUCCGGGACCCCAUCAACCGGUUCCUCUCCAAUUACUUCUUUCGUCGCUUUGGUGACUGGAGGGGUGAGCAGAACCACCUUAUCCGCACUCCAGGGAUGAAAGAUGAUGAAAGAUACCUGGAUAUCAAUGUGUGCAUUCUAGAGAACUACCCAGAGUGUUCCAACCCCAGAGUUUUCUACAUCAUUCCCUACUUCUGUGGACAGCAUCCUCAGUGCAGGGAGCCAGGAGUAUGGGCUCUGGAGAGGGCCAAACAGAAUGUGCAGGAGAACUACCUCCUUGUAGGUAUACUGGAGGAACUGGAGGAUGUUCUGCUCUUGUUGGAAAGGCUCUUACCUCAUUACUUUACUGGAGUACUUAACAUCUACAAGAGCCCUGACUACAAGAAGAUGGGGAACAUGACAGGCACAGUCCGUAAACAUACACCCACUCUGGAGGCCCUGCAGGUGCUGUACCACCGCAUGCGCUACGAGUAUGAGUUCUACAACUUUAUCCGAGACCAGUUCCACCUCAUGAAAAAAAAGAUUGGCCUCAAGUCCGUCUCUCAACCCCCCGCCUACUCACCCGCUUUCCUACGAGAGCUGGCCCUCCGAACCCCAGAGCCUCUGGAUGAAGACGAGGAGCUGGACACAGACCUGGAGGAUGCCAACAGCUGGCUGGUUCACUCCUAAAGACUGUUUCAUGAACAGUGGAUGUAGCCCAAAAAAGCUGGUUGGCUAGAAUUGGCUGGAGAAAGCAAGAGGCAGCCUGAGGGCAAAGGGAAGCAUUCCCCGUCCUUCAGCAUUCCUAAGAAAAGUGAGGUGUGUUUAGGGCUGUGUGGAUCGUGAUGCUCGUGUUUUUACGGAUCCUGUUUUCCAUAUGCAGUAGACUCCUAUCAUGACAGACUCAGCACUGAGGACUAUAGGGUUGAGUAACUGAAAGGACAAAAUGUUGUAUUUAAAAAAUUGACCAAGGACAGUGGGAAAUAAUGUUAUUCUCAGUAAGCUUGACUCAAGUUUUGUUUUAAUUUGAGCUUGUUUUUGGGUUUGUUUCUGUAUAAAAAGACAAAGCAUCAUUGCUGUUAUCUCCAGGAGAGAUUAGCGCAAGAUGAUAUUCGAAAUGUUGGUCGCUGGGGUGUUUACUGUAGCCAAAAACUUCAGAAACAUAGCCCAAGAAAGACCUUCAUACUUUUUGAAAGAGUAAAUGUCCUUAAAGCUGGAAUGGGAAAUGGUAUACAAGAAUAAAAAAUACCAAAACCCCUUUUUUGUAUUAGUUGUCUAGGACGGUUGAAAGUGCCAAACCUUGCUAAGAGUUCUUGUAACUGACAAACCUCUGCACACAGCUGGUGGAGUUGUGACAUAAGCAAGUCAGUUAUAGUUAUAGUAUUGGUCUAUACCAUUUUGUUUAAUUUGUAAGAUAUUAUUAGGUAUAAAUGAGGGUAGACAGUAAGCACUCAAUUAUGAAUUCAAAGAAUUCCAACUGUGUGUGCAUGAAUGAUAGAGUUUGACCAAACCAGCAUUAUAUUUUGCCAUAGAUUAAUUAUUUAGGACAGGUGAUCUGUUAAGUCAAAUACUAAAAAGAAUUUAUGGAGUGUUGUUUGUUUAAUCCAAAGUUUAAAAGAUUGAGCUUGCCAAAUACCAGUGUUUCUACUGCGAUGCAUUACAAAACUGUAUAAAUAUACUGCACUUUUUUGCGUGACCUUUCCUGAAAUUCCAAAGUAAAAUGAGGGACUUGGUCACAAAACUGGAUACUAAUUUCCUUUUCUUUCAAAUAUAAACAGGUUACCGGUAAAGUUCCCUUUCAUAAUAUCACUAUAAAAAUUUUACCAAUCCUAGCCAGCACUAAUUUAUAAUCUAAUCUAAUUUAUAAAUAAAGUUUUUUCAUCACUCACGUACAAAUAAUCCAGUUAGCAGUAACCAGACUGUCAUCUACGUAGUUUACUCUACUAUGCUAAUCUCCAUUGUCUGUUCCUCUACUUUGGCCUGGUUUGUGUUCAGUGUUUCCUUUUUUGCCAGUUUAAUUUAUUAUUUUGUAUUCUUUUGCAUUCCAGAUAAGAUUCUCAGGAAGGAAAAAAGGUGUUUAUUAACUUGAUCAUUUGUAUCUUUGGAUUCUGGCGGCUAUGAAACUAUUCUAGGUUGUUUAGAAUGGGUUUAUAACAACAGCUAAAAACUUCUUAACAACAACUAUUGCAAUCCAUCAUUUCACAGUCUUCAAAAUAAAUGUCCUAAACUAUUGCA